AUGGCACCUUCAGAUUCGGACCUUUCUUCGCUAUCAUCUGCACCGCCCACAGAUGACGAAGCCACCAUGGCAGUCGACAAGCCACUCGGGAUUGCUAAGUAUUUCAAGAAGGAGUCCGAGACGCCGCCGCCGAAACGGGCACCCUCACCACCACAUGAAUACGUUUUGGCAGACAACCCAGACAUUGCCUUCAUCGUCAUGUUCCGCGCGCGUUUCCACGACGUGUUCCCCCGGGGAUUACCACAUUACGGCCCCCAGGAUAUUGAGAUAGGCGUGGCCGAGUCCCCGCCUGGAGAAUAUAUCGAGCGACUUCUGUGCGCAUUGCUUGGGCUUGUUUUGAACCGCAAGAAGGAUGUUGAACGAAAUCACUACACUCGUCCUCUCGAAGAAGCGAUCCACACGCAUCAAUCGCAGUGGCCCAAGGCGUGGGAGGACAAAAACCCCCUGCGUGGGGGGCGUAACUUUGCAGCCAUGUCACCCGAAGAACGCCUGCAAUUACUCAGGGCUUUGGUCCUCUGGUCUUUGGGAUCAUCGGAAGCAAUUCAGGCGAAGAUCAAGGAAUCCUUCAAGCAGGCGCGCCAUGAUGACGACCUCAACCAGCCGCUUUCCGUCCAGCCCUGGGGUCGCGAUAGUUUGAAACGGCGAUAUUGGCUCAUCGAAGGACAGGACGAUACGCACUUUCGCCUUUACCGGGAAAGCAACCCAGCUUUGAAGCACGUCACUUGGUUUAGUGUUGCAGGAAGCAUUCCAGAGAUCCAAGCCAUCGCUGAUAAGCUCGAGGAAGAGAAAGGCACCAACAACAAGAAGCUCAGCGAAAGAAUUCGGCAUGCUAUUCCCCGCUUCGAAGCUUCAGAGGAGAAACGCAAGCGCCGCGAUUAUCGCCUCGCGCGAAAGGCUGCAUUCUCUCGACCGGAGCCUGGGUUUUCAAUGUAUGAGGGUCGUACGCGCGGAAAGAAGUUGAAGUAUACCUACUCCGAUGACGAAGAGAUAUUCUCGGACGACUUGUCAAGCCGACGCUCGAAUCGCGAUGCGCCUUCCACCGUCACUCCAGCUGAGUUUACACGGCCUCGGUUUACGGCAAGUGGGCGGCAGAUUCGAUCCCGUGCUGGGGGUCUCUAUGGCGAAGCCCUGCUCGCAGGCCAGCGUGGCGAUUCUGAAGAAGAGGAAGAAGAUAUUGCCAGACCCCAAAGGACACGAAACUCUACUCAUCCAAAUGGGUACUCGGGAUACAGUGUCGAGGACCUCGAGGAUGAAUCGGAAGCCCAUUCAAGCGGCAGCGAUAGCGGCAACGAGUGGCAGGGCGGCGAUGAUGGCGACGGAAAUGAUUUUGAGGGCGAUGAUGAGGACGAAGCGAGCGGCGAUGAGUCGAACUUAGACGGGGAGCCAGCUAGCCUCGUCGUGCAGCUUCGAUACGGCAAGCGCAAUACACCAGGCGGUCCCCCGGCUCCAGUGGAGGAGCCACCUCCUGCAAAAGACAUUCAGAUGAAAGAUGCCGGCGGACCAGGCGAUUCGUCUACUCGUUUACCACCUACACCGUUGUCCGCCGGCCUCGUGCCAGAGACAACCCAGCCGUUUCCGACAAUGGCUGCAACUUCUUCUAUCCCCUCUGUCCCAGCACCUCAGACAGCCUCGCAGCCUGCACCAGUCAUGGCUGCGCCAUUUAUUCCACCCACACAACACCCCCAAGCAACCGCACAGCAGGGAUCGAUUGCUCCCAGCGGGUUUUCAGGCCCAGCUUUCCCCCUGAUUGCCAACGCCGAGGUUGCGAAAGCCAACCAGCCAGCUGAGGCAAAUGGUACAGCUCGGCACGAUCCCACUGUUGUCCAAGUUGAAUCUGUCCUGACGCAACCAGCUCAGGCCCCUUUCAAACAA